AUAUUUUCCACGUAUCUUGUUUAUUUUAUCAUCUGUAGCUUUUGUUGUCUAGAAAAUAAUUAGUUAUACUUAGAGGAUUAUAAACAAAAAUAAGAAAUUGGGUAAUUUACUAUGUGAAAUGUACAUCUGUAAAGGAUAGUUUUCUAUGUGGACAGUUAGACAUAAUGGAUUAAUAACAAGGAAUUGUUGAAAACCAGUUGUAACACUUGUACAGUUUUAAAUUGAGAAGAAAGAAAAAUCUGGUGCCCCUGAUUCCUGUCGACUUUAAUUAGGUGUUAUAGGUGCAAGAAAGAAUAUGGAUUUAUCAUAGCUCGGAGGUUUCCAACAUGCCUAUGAUGGAUUCAAUUUAUCGGUAUCGUCGUGAUGUGGGUGAAUCCACAUCGCCGUCUGCUGGCAAUGGUAGUGGAGGAUCUGGUACCGUGGCAACUGAUGUGGCUGGUUCCACAGCCAAACCAUCAGCCAUAGAUAAUCUAAAGAAUAAAAUUAUGGAUGAGAUUAACUCUUUACCAAUAUGGGCAUUGAUUUUGAUUGGAGCUGGUGUGUUAUUAGUGCUUAGUUGUUGUUGUUAUUGUAUAUGUAAAAGAUGUAUCUGUCGGAAAAAGAAAAAGAAGGAAGGGAAAAAAGGACUGAAAGGGGCCGUUGAUUUACGAAAUGUUGCUUUGCUAGGAAAUUCUUACAAGGAAAAGGUACAACCUGACGUAGCAGAUCUUACACAAAACAUGGAGGACAAUGAGGAUGCAGAAAGUACAAAAUCUGAAGUCAAACUUGGAAAGUUACAAUUCCAGUUAGAUUAUGAUUUCCAGAAAGGAGAGUUGAGUGUUGGUGUGAUACAAGCGGCUGAUCUGCCUGGAAUGGACAUGUCUGGGACAUCAGAUCCUUAUGUUAAAGUCUACCUGCUUCCUGACAAAAAGAAGAAAUUUGAGACGAAAGUCCACAGAAAAACACUUAAUCCUGUCUUCAAUGAAACGUUUAUAUUCAAGAAUGUACCUUAUGCUGAGACAGGAUCUAAGACGCUGGUGUUUGCUAUUUAUGAUUUCGACAGAUUUUCUAAACACGAUCAAAUAGGACAAGUACAAGUCCCUCUGAACUCUGUUGACCUUUGUCAAGUGAUAGAGGAAUGGAGAGAUGUAGCUAGUCCAGAUAAUGAUUCUGAAAAGGAAAAUAAAUUGGGUGACAUAUGUUUUUCCCUCAGAUAUGUACCCACAGCAGGGAAACUAACUGUAGUUAUACUUGAAGCCAAAAACCUUAAAAAGAUGGAUGUUGGUGGUUUAUCAGAUCCGUAUGUGAAAAUUGCUUUGUAUCAGGGAAACAAGCGUCUAAAGAAAAAGAAAACGACUAUAAAGAAAUGUACCUUGAAUCCCUACUUCAAUGAGUCAUUCACUUUCGAGGUUCCAUUUGAACAGAUACAGAAAGUUUCCUUGAUAGUCACUGUUGUAGAUUAUGACAGAAUAGGAACAUCUGAGCCCAUUGGACGAGUUAACCUAGGUUGUAACUCAAGUGGGACAGAGUUACGUCACUGGAGUGACAUGCUUGCCAACCCAAGGCGACCUAUUGCCCAGUGGCACACACUACAGGAAGUACCAGAGAAAAAUUAAAGGGAGAUAACUUUAGAAGAAUCUGUAGAAUUUCUUGUGCAAUCAACAGAAAUCCAUGUCUUUAUUGUUAUUCAUAUAAAAUCAUAAAACUCACUGUAAAUUUUAUGUGUUUUUCACACAUUGUAGCAAGGUUAAAGUUCAUUGGAAGAUCUGGUGUAGGUCAAUUUUGUGAAGAAGUGUUAAUUUUUGGUGUAAAGAAGUUCACAUUGAAGUGUUGAUUUGUAAAAAAAAUGUAACAUGAUUUAAGUAUUAAACAUUUCAUUGUUGAAAACUUGUCUAUAGAAACUUUUGAGAAAUGUAUACCAGAAUGUCCUCUAAUUUGAUUACUUUGUGAAGGAAUAGAUUGUUUUAAUCUAAAAUAUUGUAAAAAUCAUAUUCAAAAUAUACUGUCACAAAUAUAUUUCAAAGCUACGUGAAUAUGAUGUUAUUAUGUGUUAAACGAACUCGUUAUAUUGUUUUAUUUGUGUUGUUGAAAUAUAAGAUACAAAAAAGAACUGAAAAAAAAUAUACAGGAAUUUAGUCUAUUUCAAAACAUUUUUUCUGAAUAUUUUCAUGCUGAGAUUGAACUUGAAUAUUAAAUAAUUUACACAUUAGAGUGUUAUGAUGAAGGAUAUUAAAGUGAUACAAUUUUUUUUAUUUCAUGGGUUAAUAUUAAAUACUUAAUGGUCCUGAUUAUUAAUAUUCUAAUUCUGUCAUUUGUUUUUGAUUUUUUUUAGAAUCUGAGUUAAACACAAAAUAUGACCUGGUUAUUUAGUAUAAAACUGGUUUCCCAGGGACCAGAUAAAAAGAUUGACCAAAAGUCUAAUCUUAUUGACCAGUUAAGAAGGCCACUAUUCUAAUUAAAAUGAAAUAUACAUGUUCUGGUUAAGAUAUAUGCCAAGUGCAACACAUUUGGAAUGUUAGCUGGACUAGCAUUUAUUAACUUCUUUUAUAGAUAUUCUUAUUGAAAUAUUUAUACUGCAUUUGCUGUAUUCAUUGUUCAUCUUUGCAAAAACAUUGGAAAACUGCUCCUUCAUUUAGAUAAGACAUAUAUACCACCAUUCUUGAUUGGCUGAGCAAAAGAAAAUGUAACAUCAAUUCAUAUUGGCUGAGCAAAAUGAAUACAUAAUUUGGCAAAAUAUAUUACCAUUUCUGAUUGGUUAAGCUCAGCAAAUAGAUAAAGAGGAAAAUUUAUUAGAUUAUGAACACUUAGAUUACUGACAUUUUUAUAGUUAUAAUUUGCUAAAUUAGCACCAUGUACAAUUAAUAUGGCAAAUAUGGUAUAUUUAUGAUAAAUAAAAACUUUUGUAAGAACGAGAACAGCUGAUAUUGAUGAACGCUGAAAGUUUUCUCUUUGGAGUUUUGAAAUGUAAUCAAUAAAGAAUUGAGAUAAAUAGAUAUUGGCUUGUUAAGUUGGAGUUUAAAGUUUGAGUACUAUAGCGGUGAUUUUGUUCUGUGAUAGAGUUAAGUUUUCUUUAUUUAGUCAUUCAGUUUCUGUACAUUUAAGACAAAAGAGAAAAAGAUUUGCAAACCAUUUCUAAUCUUAUGAUUAAAAAGUUAUACAUCUAAGGAUUUUAAAAAGUGAUCAAAGAAUAGAUUGAUUAUGUUAAGCUUGCCCAUUCAAAUAUUUAUAAAAACACGCAAAUGUGACUCAAAUAACAAUUUGAGGAGUGAUUCCAUUCACUGUUUCCUGGAAACUUUAAAUUUAAAUACAUUAGUGUCAGGAAGAGGUUGUAAAUGUUGUUAAGUUUUAAGGCAAGAUUUUACCAUUCACCAAAUUCAUAUUUCCUCGAGUCAAGACGAGGUAUGAUACUGAAAUGAUUAUUUUCUAUUUUCUUUGAGCUGGUUAAGAAUACUAAAAAUCUGAUAAAAGUAUGGGAAAAAAUGUUGAUUUUGUUUCAUAAAUUUCACUUGUAAAUACAAAUUAUUCUCAAAAAUAUAACAAAAAUUUGUUGUAACAUUAUGUAAAAAGAAGAUGAUUUUGUGUUGUGAACAGUAGUAUACAAAUGUAAAAUCUUUUUAUUUGUAGCGUCAUACCCAUAAAAUUUCCUUAGGCCAUUCGUAAAAUAUUUUGUUCCUUUGGCUAUUUCUAGCUUGAAUGCAGUCCAAGGUUACGACACAUCUUGAGCCUCAAGUUAAGGUUAUAAUAUAUGGAGUGUAUGAGGUUCAAGUUCACAUUUACAACCAUUUUAAAAACUUGUCUGGAAAGUUUUAAAAGUUUCAAAUACAUAAUUGAAGACAUGUAGCUAAAUUGUUCAUGAAGAUAAGCAGCCUUUCUUUUUCAAAUGUAUUGCUAAUAAUCAGCAUCACACUCAAAGUUUACUCUGUAAACUCCUUUUGCAGAUACAAGAAAUAGCUAUUGUGACAAAAUAUUUAAAAAUGGCCAUACAUGGAUAAAUUUGAGUUAUUCUCAGGGUUGGGGAAGGGAGACAACUCUUUUAUAGUAUACUGAGUUGAGAAUUAUGGGAAUUAUUGUUUUAAUUCCAUGGUUGUAUGGGACCAGUGUUUUGUUUAUUUAUAGAAAUUGUUUGUUUAUUUACAUAAAAACUAUGGAAACAGUAUUUUCAUGAUAUUUUAUUUGGCAGAAAAAGGUUUGUCCAUCAAUUUCUGUCAGUAUGUAUGUCAAAGUUUAUUCAGUAUAUUGUUUGAUAGGAAAAAAGAAUGCAAAAGGUCUUACAUUUAUUUAGAAACUGUUUAGCAGAAUUUUCAAAUGUUCAAAAUCUAUUUUUAACCUAUAUACCAAAUUUUUAAAUUUAAACAUUUUUAUGUAGGAAUGGAUGAACAAAUUUAACAUCUGACAAUGUCAAGGUUAGAUAAAGGUUUCACUGUCUCUGACCUUGACAGUAGAUUGAUGGACAUGUCAAGGUUAAACUAUAAAGGUCACACAUAGUUAUCAUUCCACUGUAUUACUGUAGAAACUUUUUCUCUUUUGGUGAAUAAAACUGUCUUGUCUUUUA